AUGUCCUCAAAUAUAUUGCCUACGACUAUUGCCGGCGCAAUCUUUGGCGCAUCUUUGGCAUCGUCCGGUGUGUUCCUGCCCUCAGUCAUCGUCUCCCAGAUGCAACUGGCCAGCUUCCACAUGUUGAAGGUAUUCAUGGCGGCGAGCGCCAGCAGCGCUCUCAUUAUGGCCUUGUUCUCGAGAGCGGGCCUUUCGCAGAAUAAACCACGCUCCCCAUCCUCCCUGGGCUGGUUCGGUACGUACGACGGCAACAUCAUCGGCGGCAUGAUGAUCGGCUUCGGCAUGGCCCUCACGGGCGCAUGUCCGGGCACUGUGCUCGUACAGCUCGUCACGGGCGUCCGUUCGGGCUGGGCUGUCAUGGCCGGUGGCCUUCUCGGCGGGAUCCUCUACUCCAGACUCUCUGAACCUUUCCGCGGCAGGCGCCCGGCUACUGUUGUCGAUGCCAACAGGCUCACCGUACACAGCAAGCUCGGCAUAGAUACACGCUACGCUAUCCUGGCUUACGAGGUUAUGUGUCUGGCGGUCAUCACGCUGGUGACGGUGUUUGGUCCCAAGAGCCCCUUCACCCUGCUCCAUCCCAUGGUCGGCGGAACCCUGAUUGGCGGCGCACAGGCGGCAUCGCUCCUCUUGACCGGCAACCCCGUCGGGGUAUCGACUGCGUAUGAGCAGGCGGGGUGGUACUUCUGGCGGGCGUUUAGCUCGGUGCUUGGACAGGGCCCGAAGAGCACCCCGCCGCCAUCAACGAAGUCCGUGUUCUUUGCUGCGGGGAUCGCGGGAGGCAGCUGGGUCAUGGCACGGUCUCUGCCUUUCGUCGCGGUGGAGACGGAACCGGCGGUCCCGCUUGCAAGAGCGCUGAUUGGGGGAUGUGUGAUGGUUCUUGGAGCAAGAAUCGCUGGUGGGUGCACGUCGGGUCAUGGGAUUAGUGGGAUGUCUCUGCUUUCAGUGGCGAGUAUCAUUACGGUGGCUGCGAUGUUUGCGGGCGGUAUUGGCUUGGCUGCUGUGGUUUUGUAA